GAGGAGAGGACGACACGAGAGGCAGCCAGCCUUUGCAGGACCGAGGGAGGAGAGAGGGGCGCUGGGAGAGGAAAGAGAUGGAUGAGAGGGGGAAAAAAGGAGUCUGAAAAUGAGAUGAGAGAGUUGGGCAGUUAAGAGGCAUCACUGCCGGUCAACUGUGCAUCUAUUGAUCCGCAGCAGCCGGGUGGUUUUUCUGCCAGAGCCACCGGAGAAAAAACGGAUGAAAGGGGGGAAAAAAGAAAAGAAGACUGCUGUGUUGUGCUUUUCUUUUUCUUUUUCAUUUUUUGUUUGUUUGCUGCCAACCUGUGAAGUGAGAAGUGUGUGAGAGCGCUCCAGCUGAGCACAUCACACGCGAGACGAACGCAUUCAGUUCGCAGAGAGUCUGAGCUGCCAGCGAACAUCCGCUGCUACUUUCAGCGGCCGCCAGGAGUUGAGUCGAGAUUUACGGGCUGCUUCACGUGGAGCUGAGGCAGCAUCCAACGCAGGUGAAGCUUGAGAUUUAGUGUUUGCUGCUGCUGCACAUCUGUGCCGUCAGCUGUUUUAUAGAAAAAUACUGUGAAAGCGGAGGAUACUUGAGCGCUGGAGAGUUUGUAAGCAUGUCUUGACAUCUGGAGAAGGAAGAAGACUGAGCCGGCAGCUCUCGUCCUGGCAUCCUGAGCUGCGAAUGGGAUGCUGAAACCAAGAUCUUCAGGAGUCAAGAUGUGGAUUAGGAGAUGAAUUCCGAGGAGGGCUCAAGGAGGGAUGAGGUUUUUCGGGGUGAGAAGGCAAGAAAGGGCUGCCACUGCCCCGUGGCACCUCCGCCUGCCUCCACCGCCACCUCCCCGUGAACAUGCAGGUCCUACAGAUCGUCAAGGAGCUGGUGUCGCCGUCCAGACGCAGGGCAGCGGCCAGAUUCGGAGCGUCUGAUACCGAGCAGGAUGCAGCGGUGAAACUUGACCAGGAGCGGGCUGAGAUAGUCGCCAAAUAUGACAAGGGAAAAGACGCCCCCGUGGACCCCUGGGAGGACAGUAACUUCCGCCUGUACAAAGUUGUCGACCGCUUUGGCUUCGUCCAUGAGAAUGAACUUCCAUCCUACGACUCGGUGGAGGAAAAGCAAAAACACACAGAGGUGGAGAGGACCACCAAAUGGCUGAAGAUGCUGAAGAACUGGGAUAAAUACAAGAACAGUGAGAAGCUGCUCAGGAGGAUCUACAAGGGAAUCCCCCUGCAGCUCCGAGGGGAGGUGUGGUGUCUGCUGCUCGAUAUACCCAAAAUAAAGGAGGAGAAGAAGGACUUCUAUGAGAAACUGAAGGUCAGAGCCAGAGGAAUAUCCCCCGACAUCCGGCAGAUCGACCUGGAUGUGAACCGAACCUACAGGGACCACAUCAUGUUCAUGCAUCGCUAUGAUGUCAAGCAGCAGGCGCUCUUCCAUGUCCUCACAGCAUACUCCAUGUACAACACGGAGGUGGGCUACUGCCAGGGCAUGAGUCAGAUCACAGCUCUGCUGCUGAUCUACAUGAAUGAAGAGGACGCCUUCUGGGCUCUCGUCAAACUGCUGUCUGGGCAGAAGCACGCCAUGCACGGGUUUUUUGUCCCUGGUUUCCCGAAGCUGAUGCGUUUCCAGGAGCACCACGAGCGCAUCCUCAAGAAGAUGAUGCCCAAACUGAAACAGCACCUGGAGAACCAAGAGGUGUUCACCAAUCUCUACACCAUGAAGUGGUUCUUCCAGUGCUUUCUGGACAGAACUCCCUUCACGCUGACCCUCAGGAUCUGGGACAUCUAUAUCUUGGAGGGUGAAAGAGUGCUGCCUGCCAUGUCCUACACGCUCCUCAAACUGCACAAGAAGCACCUGAUGAAGCUGUCCAUGGAGGAGCUGGUGGAGUUUCUGCAGGUGACUUUGUCCAAAGAUUUCUUCUACGAGGACGACUUUGUGAUCGAGCAGCUGCAGGCGUCCAUGACGGAGCUCAGGAGGGCGAAGCUGGAGCUGCCCGCACCAGGUAAAGAGGACGAGUUUCCCAAGAAGCCUCUAGGGCAGCUUCCUCCUGAGAUAGCCAUAGCGAACCACGUGGCCAACGGUCAAAGCCACGCCGAGCCAGCCGAGACCCCCAGGGAGCCAAGUCCUCUACCAGACCCCCAGCGGGACAGCCGGCCCCCGAGCCGAGCCCACCGGGAAUCGCUGGAGAAACGGAUCCGUCACCACAAGGGGGACAAAAGGGAAACCCACUCCAGGGGGUCAGGUGAAUUCUCAAAUGAGACACAAAAGCAAUCCACCUCCACCACACCGGAGAGGGGAGCGACACCGCUGUCAGCCCCCACCCCAACACCACAGAUGACCGCUGUGGAUGGAGGAAAGGCUCACGCCAUCGCCAACCACAACUCCAACGCAGCCUCUAGCUCCCGCAGAGACAUGCCUGGGCCCCGGUGGGUCAAACCCUCCGAGACAAAGCUAGAAGCUUUGCGGGAAAUUCAGAUGAGCCGAGGGCCAUCGCCGGCUCCUUCCAGCCCAGAUGACACCGCUCAGCCCCAUCGCCGGCCACGCUCCAAGGGCUUCGCCCCCAGCACCGACCGAGGCUCCAAUGCCUCCCAGUAUGACAAUGUACCAGGGCUGCCGGAGCAGGACUUCGAGAUCCUGGAGCUUGAGAAGCCUCCGUCCAGAUUGAGGCCCUUUCGCAAUGAGAUACCCUACAAUAUGUCAGCCCUGCAUCAGGGCAGCCCGAGCCACGGGUCCAGCCUGGCCGGGAGUGUCGUCUCCAUGGCACCCGGGCCCAGAAUGGCCAGACAGCCUCUUCCUCCUCGUUUUCCCCACAACAGUCCUGUAAAUGUUCCGACUGGUUACCCUGACCCUAAGAACCAGUUCCAUACCCCGCCUCAGCAGCACUCCCCAGGCAGGACUACUACUGAGGUCCCCAUUCCACAUCCCACCCAAAGCGGGGACAACAGACUCUAUGCUCUGCCCUCCCGAUAUCCUGCACCGGCCAGUGCAUUGUAUGGAGAACGAGCGUAUGCCACCACCCAGCGACAGCCCAACAGCUUCUCCCCAGACAAGACCCUCAUGAAUAACACCUUCGCCACCUACCGCAGACAGCCGACGCACAGCUCCGCCCGCAAUCCUCGGAACCCCAGGCUUCCCCCGGAGCUGGACAACCAAGGGAGCUCCACCCCCAUCUAUCUGCAACAGCUCACCUCCACAGCCAAGGUCUACAGGUUUGAAGGACACCAGCGGGGUGAGCCAAACCCGCACUACCUGCCAGCUCAGCAGGGUGUAGAUGGGCUCCAGUGGGAGCCAACGGAGGAGUUGCCCCCUCCAUCCCCGGGUGGGAUGCCUCGUUCGCCCAGCUUCCAGAAGGCGCAGAUGUCACCCCUCGCAGAGUUCACCUUCCCCGACAACCCGGACGCCCUGCGUCAGUACCGACCGCAACUCCAAGAGCAGCGGCAGCACCAGCAGCCUGUGUUACAGCAACAGCUUCCCCAGCUGUUUGGAGGACCACACUACAGGCACGCACAGGAGGCGUUUGCCAUGCAGGAGUCCAUGCUGCUGUGACAGGAUGAUAUGAGGAGACACUGUAAAAACUAAAAGAAAAGAAAACUGAGGCGUAGUCACCAACACUGUGGUAAAGACGACCAGUAGUCCUAGCUUUGUUAGGAACCGGCUUCUACUUUGGUUCUGUUGUCGUUCAUGUGUGAAGUACUGACCUCCUGACUGUCACGCUGCAUCGUAACGUUGCAGGACUCACCAGCCGCUGAUGUUUUUACUGAUCACUUUAAAAAAAAAAAGAUUAAAAAGACUGACUGAAGAUUUUAUUUUAUUUUUGGAUGUAAAUCAUUAACAAGAGGUGACAGAAUAUAAAUAUAUCUUUUAGAGUCUGAUAUGUACAGAAGAUUUUUUUGAGUUAUCGGUAACCGGGGAAUUUUCUCCUGAGAGCCGAUUUAUUUUCCAUCUUUAUUUUUUUAUAUCUUACUCUCCAGAUAAGUACCGUAGAGAUCAAUUAACUCUAUAUGCUUGUGAAUGUUAUUUUUAAAGAAAUAUGACCAAUGGUAGAAUUAGCAAACAGUGCUACACGGGUUACCGUACGUCUUGAUUUCCAUUUCAAUUUUUUUUAAGCAGGUUUUAUUAAAAAAUGUUUAGAAACCUUUUCUUUAGUUUUUGUCCAUUACUAAUAGUUUGUUUUUGCGUUACUUCAGGCCAGUCUCGUUUUUAAUUAAUUUCAACUGGGCGGCUCAACAUAUAGACAGCUGAUUUUUGAGGGCUAAUAUAUACAUUUUUUAAAACUUUUAUGGCUUUAAGUUAUCUUCAUUGUUGUGUAACCAUUGAUAACACAUUUUUUUAAUUGCUGUGACAUAGUUAUCACAUCUCGAGCACAUGGAGUCCGAGAUGGUUUUAAACUACUUUCAGUACAAGGUUGCUUAAUUUGAUUAUGUUUUACUACUCUCAACAAUGUCACAUCCACUGGCAUACAGUCAUGUGGCGCGCGCACACACGCACGUCACAAAUGUGAGUCGCACAUUUUACCCACCUACUUUUCAUACUCUGAUGUAGAUGCAAGUACUCUCAAACAGCACUAAAAUGCUGUUCUUUACAUUCCCUUAGUCAUCUUUGGGUUUUGUUUUAGUUGUGAAACAACUAAUUGCAGUCCAUUCUGAUACUUUGCUUAAUAAAAAGAGGUGGGGUGAAAAUGAACCUU